AGACUCACUCUGAAGUCCGCGUGCUGGAGGCGCGUGUCCACGGAUCCUCAGCAACUCGUCCGUGGAUGAAUUGAAAGUCCCGCAGCGGUGAUCCAGGAGGAGACGCGCGGGCGCGCGGACCGUUAGCAAGUUCCGGAGCCGCUUCAGCGGAACGCUGACGAAACUCCCGCCGUCUCCGGUCAGCUUCUACCGGGCCAAGUGCCGCUGAGGCGGACCGUUGUACUUGGAGUGCGGGGCCCGCGCGCACCGUGUCUGCGGGGCCGGAGCCGCGCCGCCACGCAGCCCCGGAUCCCGGGAAAGUCUCCCGCCUCUCCAUCAGCCCCCCACCCCCCCAUACACACACACACCCGUUCUUCCUGCUGAACCUCAGUGGACUUGUUACCCCCAAAAAUGAUCAUGCGGUGACCGCGCGCGCUCUGGGCACACCUUCAGAGUCCGUUACAGGAGCUGCGUAAUGGCCGAGGACGGCGGGAAUCUGUCCGGAGCCCUGGACCCCGGGGCCCCCCAGGACCGCUACUCUCUACCCAGGACUUACAUCCGACUCAACGACCUGUCCGGGCGGGGGCCCCGAGCGGGGCACAGCGAGGAGCUGGAGGUGGAGCCCGCGCCCCCCGCUUGCGAUGAGGAGGAUGAAGGCUCCACGCACGGGGGGGAGAGUCUGCCCUACCCCACGCUGGCCCCCGUGGUCUUCUUCUAUCUGAAACAGAGCACGCGACCCCGGAGCUGGUGUCUGAAAAUGGUCCGAAAUCCAUGGUUUGAGCGAGCCUCCAUGCUGGUCAUCCUGCUGAACUGUGUGACUCUGGGCAUGUUUCAUCCCUGCGAAGACCUCAACUGUGACACUGAGCGCUGCAAGGUUCUGCAGGACUUCGAUGACUUCAUAUUUGCAUUUUUUGCUAUUGAGAUGGUGAUAAAGAUGGUCGCUCUUGGGAUUUUUGGCAAGAAGUGUUACCUUGGAGACACCUGGAACCGCCUGGAUUUCUUUAUCGUUCUUGCUGGGAUGCUGGAGUACUCACUCAACCUGCAGAGCGUCAGCUUCUCAGCAGUGAGGACCGUCCGUGUACUGAGGCCACUGAGAGCCAUCAACCGAGUGCCAAGUAUGCGCAUCCUGGUGACGCUGUUGCUGGACACUCUGCCCAUGCUGGGAAACGUCCUGCUGCUCUGUUUCUUUGUCUUUUUCAUUUUCGGCAUUGUUGGAGUUCAGCUGUGGGCCGGCCUCCUCAGAAACCGCUGCUUCGUCAAAGACAACUUCUCCUUCCCUCUGUCCACAGAACUUGGAAGGUACUACCACACUGAAAACGAUGACGAGAACCCCUUCAUCUGCUCCAUGCCGCGAGACAACGGGAUGAGGGACUGCAGCUCAGUCCCAAAGCUGUAUGAUAAGGGCGGGGCACAGUGCAUUCUGGAUAUCGACGCUUACAACAGCACAGACAACACCACCUGUGUCAACUGGAACCAGUACUACAGUAACUGUUCUGCUGGUCUGGUCAAUCCUUUCAAAGGAGCCAUCAACUUUGACAACAUCUGCUAUGCCUGGAUCGCCAUUUUUCAGGUAAUUACUCUGGAGGGCUGGGUAGACAUCAUGUACUUUGUGAUGGAUGCUCACUCCUUCUACAACUUCAUCUACUUCAUCCUGCUCAUCAUAAUUGGCUCAUUCUUUAUGAUCAACCUGUGUCUAGUGGUCAUUGCCACUCAGUUCUCAGAGACCAAGCAGAGGGAGAGCCAGUUAAUGAAAGAGCAGCGAGCACACUUUUUGUCCAAUGCCAGCACUCUGGCCUCCGUCUCUGAGCCCGGUUCCUGCUAUGAUGAGCUCCUUAAGUACCUGGUCCACAUCAUCCAAAAAGGGGCCAAGCAAACAGCUCAUACUUGCAGGUUUUUGGCUCGCCGUGCUGGACUGAAGAUCGCUGCCUCACCUCCGGCCACAGACCCUCAACGCAGCCAAAGGAGAAGGAGAAGGAACACCUCGAGGCGGGACUCCAUGUCUGUUCAGCAUGUGAUGCAACAUCACAACCACCACCAUCACUACCACCUAAGAAACGGCAACGUCAAAGAUGGAGGGGGCACCAAGGUCCUUGAAGGGAGGGUUGUAGAGGCUCAUAGCAGCAAUGAAAGGACUUUCCGAGCAACGUCUGGGAGUGGGUAUCCUGCUUUGGCACUUCCUUCUUUUAUCACAACAGCAGUCUCAGACACAAACCUCUCCAGUGUGUCCAGUUCUGUAGCAGGAGCACCAUAUUCAGUUUGCACUCUGCCAAAUGCAGAAGCUCUUUGUUGUUCUCCCUUGCCCAACAACAUAGGGAUCGUUCAAGCUCCCUUCCAGACUCCUUUGUUCACUACAUCCAAGACCAUGAAAAGGAACUCUGUGCCAUUUGCUGCUCCAGGGCCUAAGAACUACCCUACCCUCCAGGCCCGAGCUUUGGCCGAGUCCAGGCGAGGUAGCGUUGCAACGAGCACGCUCUCCAAUAUCAGCUGCAGCCUCAACAUGCCCCCUAUGCAGUUGGAGAGAUGGUCAUCCAGCCAGGUCAACACAAGCACCUUAAGAGCCCGGCUCUCCAACCAGCUUUCAGCUCGAGACCUGAACACCACCACCAGCACUAUGGACACCAUCAUUCUGGCAUCGGAUCUCAACAGCUGCCCGUUAUGUGCCGACAAAUUAGAGGUGGAGAUGGAGGGCAAUCAUACACCUGGAGACUCUGACAGCGAGAGGGUUUUUGAGUUUAGCCAGGACCUCCACCACAGGGACCAGAGAGACAGCUGGCAGUCCAGAAAGACGCAUCAGCGGCUGGGCAAGACGGCAGCUAAGGCCGUUCUCUUCUGGAGGCUAGUGUGCGAUACUUUCAGGAAGAUUGUGGAUAGCAAGUACUUUGGCAGAGGGAUAAUGAUCGCUAUUCUGAUCAAUACUCUGAGCAUGGGGAUCGAGUACCAUGAGCAGCCUGAAGAACUGACCAACGCUCUGGAGAUCAGUAACAUCGUAUUCACCAGCCUGUUUUCUCUGGAGAUGCUGCUGAAGGUUCUGGUUUAUGGACCCUUUGGGUACAUCAAGAACCCCUACAACAUAUUUGAUGGCAUUAUUGUGGUCAUCAGUGUCUGGGAGAUCAUUGGCCAGCAAGGGGGGGGUCUGUCCGUGCUGAGGACCUUCCGACUGAUGCGGGUGCUGAAGCUGGUCCGUUUCAUGCCAGCUCUGCAGAGGCAGCUAGUGGUGCUAAUGAAGACCAUGGACAAUGUGGCUACCUUCUGCAUGCUGCUCAUGCUCUUCAUCUUCAUCUUCAGUAUCCUGGGAAUGCAUCUGUUUGGUUGUAAGUUUGGAUCAGAGAGGGAUGGAGAUACACUUCCAGACAGAAAGAACUUUGAUUCUCUUCUGUGGGCUAUAGUUACAGUUUUCCAGAUCUUAACCCAAGAAGACUGGAACAAGGUGCUCUACAAUGGCAUGGCCUCCACCUCUCCUCUGGCUGCUCUUUACUUCAUUGCACUCAUGACCUUUGGAAACUAUGUUCUCUUCAACCUGCUGGUGGCCAUCUUGGUGGAGGGAUUCCAGACAGAGGAAAUCUCCAAACGGGAGGACUUACAGGCCACCCUGAGCCUCAUUCAGCUGCCUGUAGACACACAGGGUCAUGCUAUUAAAAGUGGAUCAGAAACGGACUCUGUCACGCCAAGUGUGGAGGAUGUUAACGGCAGCAAGAAGGAUCUGUCGCCCUUGGCAGUUCCAGAUAAUAAUCCCUUGGAAAUGAAGACCAGCCUGACGCCACCACUGAUCACCCACACUGCUCCCACCCCCAUGUCUGUGCCCAAGUUACCGGUUGGAGGGGAUCCUAACUUUGGCCAUGAAUCCUGCAGAGACAGAAGCAUUUCUAGGGACCCUUCCGGCUACGACAAAUCACCAACGGGGUCCCGCUGUGCUUCCCCCCACCCCCCGUGUAGCUCUGGAAGUGACUGGACAAGUCGUAGAUCCAGCUGGUGCAGCUUAAGCCGCGGCCCAUCUUACAAGCAUCAGAAAAGGCAAUCUGGUGAGAAACGGUCCCUUCUGUCUGGGGAGGGAAGCUCAAGCUCUGAUGAUGAAGGAGCAGGAGAGGGAGGCUUUGAGAUGACGGAGAAAGAGGAUGCAGCGCUGGCCCGGACAGACUCUGUGUCCCAAAUGCAGAGAGGGUCCCGACACCAGAGGAUGGAAUCCACGGAGACUCGGAGCUCCAUGGAUUUCCCCACAGACGCCCUGCUGCAGGUGCCCCCCCUGUGCCGCACUGCCAGCACCAACAGCUGCAGGCCACCUUCCCUUAACCGCUUACAGCUGCCAGAACAUAGUGAUUGCAACGGCAAGGGGUCAGCCUCCGUCCCUGAUACCACCAACCCAUCUGUGGAGGAAAACACAGAGGACAAUGCAGAAGAAGAUGCCAGUCCAGGUCGUUUUGCCAGGAUUAUACAGUGGCUGGAAAAAAAACAACCUGAAUGGUGUCGACAGAGAGAUACCUGGUCACUGUACCUGUUUUCUCCAGAGUCCAGGUUUCGAAAUCAGUGCAACAACAUAAUUAACCACAAGAUGUUUGACCACGUGGUUCUGCUCAUCAUAUUCCUUAACUGCAUCACCAUCGCCAUGGAGAGGCCACACAUCGAUCCUGGCAGCGCUGAACGGAUCUUCCUUACUCUGUCCAACUACAUCUUUACAGCAAUUUUUGUGGCUGAGAUGACCGUAAAGAUUGUGGCCCUGGGCUGGUUUUUUGGUGACAAAGCAUAUUUAAGGAGCAGCUGGAACAUCCUGGAUGGGAUGCUGGUGAUGAUUUCUGUCAUUGACAUCCUGGUGUCACUCAUCUCAAACUCUGGCACUAAGAUCCUGGGCAUGCUUCGAGUGCUUAGGCUGCUGAGGACUCUGAGGCCUCUACGUGUGAUUAGCAGAGCACCAGGGCUGAAGCUGGUGGUGGAGACUUUGAUGUCCUCGCUGAAGCCCAUCGGCAACAUUGUGGUGAUUUGCUGUGCCUUCUUCAUAAUCUUUGGCAUUCUGGGAGUACAGCUUUUCAAGGGCAAGUUCUUUGUCUGCGAAGGAAAGGACAUAAGGAAUGUCACCAAUAAAUCAGAAUGUUUGCAAUCUAACAAUACAUGGGUCCGACACAAGUACAACUUUGACAACCUGGGCCAGGCUUUGAUGUCCCUCUUUGUUCUGGCAUCUAAAGAUGGUUGGGUGGACAUUAUGUAUAAUGGACUUGAUGCUGUUGGAGUUGACCAACAACCCGUAAUGAACUACAACCCAUGGAUGUUGCUGUACUUCAUCUCCUUCCUGCUUAUUGUGGCCUUCUUCGUGCUCAACAUGUUCGUGGGCGUGGUGGUGGAGAACUUCCACAAAUGCCGGCGCCACCAGGAGGCUGAAGAGGCUAAGCGCAAGGAGGAAAAAAGAAAAAAGAACAUUGAGAAAAAGAGACGGAGUAAGGAGAAGGAGCUGGCUGAUUUAAUGGUUCCAGGGGGGAGUUGGGCCCUCUCUGACGGCACCGUAAAAGAAGCUCAACGCAAGCCCUACUACUCUGAUUACUCCUCCACCCGCCUACUCAUUCACAAGAUGUGCAACAGCCACUAUCUGGACCUGGUGAUUACCAUUGUAAUAGGGCUCAACGUCAUUACAAUGUCCAUGGAGCACUACGAGCAGCCUCAGGAGUUGGAAGACGCACUGAAGAUCUGUAACUACAUCUUCACGCUCAUUUUUGUGCUGGAGUCCGUCUUCAAGUUGGUGGCCUUUGGCUUUCGUCGUUUCUUCAAAAACAAGUGGAACCAGCUGGAUCUAGCCAUUGUGCUGCUCUCCAUCAUGGGCAUUACUCUGGAGGAAAUUGAAGUCAAUGCUUCGUUGCCCAUCAACCCUACCAUUAUCCGCAUCAUGAGAGUACUGAGGAUUGCAAGAGUGCUGAAACUCCUGAAGAUGGCAGUUGGAAUGAGAGCUUUGCUGGACACUGUUAUGCAAGCUUUGCCUCAGGUGGGAAAUCUGGGCCUUCUCUUCAUGCUCCUCUUCUUUAUUUAUGCAGCACUAGGAGUGGAACUGUUUGGUGAUUUGAUUUGCGACGAGCUCCAUCAAUGCGAAGGCCUUGGGCGCUAUGCUACUUUCAGAAACUUUGGGAUGGCAUUUUUGCUUCUUUUCCGAGUUUCCACUGGCGACAACUGGAAUGGCAUUAUGAAGGACACACUUAGGGACUGCGCCCAAGACACUGGCACCUGCUACAACACUGUGGUUUCUCCCAUCUACUUUGUCUCCUUUGUUUUAACGGCCCAGUUUGUUCUGGUCAAUGUGGUCAUAGCUGUUCUCAUGAAGCACUUGGAGGAGAGCAACAAAGAGGUCAAGGAAGAAGAGCUGGAAUCAGAACGGGAGGCAGAACUACAGAUUACGGGGAAUAACAAAUCUGUUCGGCCCUCCCCACCCAAUCCACUGACACUGACUAUAGACAGGUGCAGUUCUGGAAGUUCUCCCUGUAGAUCCACUGAAGGGGAGUUAGUGGAGAAUGGUAGAGGAGGUUCAAUGGUUGAUGACACACCCAGAGACUCCAUGAACAUCAAAGACGAGCCCCCCUCCAGCCCAGAGCCACAUCUACAGCAGCUCAGCUCUAAGGAUUUACCAAUGGACAACAUCCUGAGUGUCAGAAAGCCAGCAGUGGGACGCACAAACUCCUUACCCAAUGACAGCUACAUGUUCUUUCCCCUGAAGCCUUUUUCCCCCUGGUUGUCAGCUCAAGCUCAGCAUUUUGGACAGUCACAGGGUACACAAAGCAAUCUAAGCAUCCACAGGGCUCUGUCGGGUAAUGUCAAAUGUUCAUAUGAUAAUAAUAAUUCCAAGGUCAAUAAUAUUCGAGGUUCCUUUCCAAGUUUUUCCUCAAACUGCUGUCUAUGUUCAGGCUCCAUCAGCUCUGUGCAACCCCCUCUGGUGGACGUCUUAGAGCAGCUAAAAAUUCCCAUGGGGUUCUUCAGACCUAUCAUUCCCCACUCAGAGUCUGAAAACGUGCAGGAAAUGCAUCCUUCCAGACGUGCACAAGCACUCAACCGCACACUCCAACGACAGGUCGCAGUGUCCAGUGACUCUCAAGAGGCUCUUUGUUCAGAUGGAAAGGAGACCAAUGAAGGAAGUGUGAAUGUGACUUCUUUGGCCCUUCCUCCAUGCCCAUCUUCUUCUUCAUCUUCGUCCUCUCCUUGUUCUUAUUUUCAGCAUCACCACCAACUUAAAGAGCUGGAGCUGCUCCAGAUCUCUUCCCAAUCUGGUAUUUUCCCUAAAACCUCCAGCCCCAGCAGUGUGCAUACCCAUCGUAAAGACCAGCACUGCCUUGCUUCUUACUCUUCUUCACCCUCCCCUGUGUAUUUGAAACCUGUACAUACCAGCCAGCAGGAGGAGGCUUUAGAGGAUCAUGAGAUGUCCAUCAUAACCUGCACAGGAACAGUUGAAAAAGACAUCCUGAAGAACAACAGAAGCAAUGAAAGUCAUGGGAACGUUAUGGGCUGUCAGGAGAGUCAAAGUUCAUGUUUGAGGCAGCUAAAGAGGUUUCAUAGUAUGGAUACACAGAGUUGUAGCAUGCUAUUGCCCCGCCCCCGCCCGAACUCUUGGCUAGAUGACCCUCGACGCCACUCUGUUGAGCUUUGCUCAGCUGUGGAUCCCAGCCAGCAAAACAUCACCGACUCUACUUCAUCUGGCUUUCUGUCCGGGCCAGACAGUCUGCACAGUGUGCAUCCCAAACAAAGCUCUCUGCCCUCCACCCACCACAAGAAGAAAAUGAGCCCACCAUGUAUAUCUGUUGACCCCCCCGAGACCCUGUCUGGCCUAUGUGCAGGUGGAUUAGGGUUGCCCCCUCUUCUGCAGAGCACAGACACAUGGUUAAGGAGGAGAGCUCCCUCUAGUGACUCGAAGGAAUCUUUUGACCUGGCAACAGGGGAAGGACAAAGUCAGGAUGGAGGGUCUCUGGACCCCAACAGCAGUCCCAAACUAUUAACUCUUCCAAGCUUCUCUUUUGAAAAGACAAACAUGGAGCAUUGACAUUCCAAACACACAUAAAGGCAAUGUGUGUCUGUGAUGGUGGUAGUUCUAGUUAUAAUACAUAAGAAACUAAAAGUGGUAAAACUCUUGAAGAAGAGUGUUGUGUUGUGACCAUCUUUUAACCUUUGUAUUGUUACUGCCAAAGCAACUGGAGAACAUCUGAAACACCAAACAAAUGUACUGUCAGAUACAGCUUGAUCUCAGAAGUGAGAUUCAUGGCCUCUGUGGUUGAUGUUUGAAAGGCUUGGUGUUGCACAAUGUUGACUCGGUUGAUACAAAGCAAUAUGAACGUUUUAGAGACAAUAUUUUCUUAAAUUAUUGGGACAUUGUGUGUGUACAGGAUGUGAUUUAAAUUUAAUUCAAUUGUUUUGUUAUGUUAAAUUUCAUUGUUUGGUCAGCAAUGUUUUCUUCUUUUUAUUUUUCAUUGUACUAUAUUUCUAGCUUUCUUUGUGUACUAAGGAAAAAGAACAUUUUUCAGAGCCGAACAUUGUUUAUUUAUAGGAUUGAUAUAUGAAUCCAUAUAUUAAAAGGAAUAACGGCAAAACAAAAAAUAAACUAAAUGGGUUCUUAAGCACAAAACCCUAAAUGAUGUUGGUUUUUAUUUAUUUUUUUUAUGUAGAACAGUGUGGAUGUUUUUCGAAGCCUGCACCACCUUGUUAAAAAAAUGUAUGUACUUUCAAUACCAUGUGAUAGUAGCUAAUUAUUUUUAGAUUAAACACCCAAAGAUUUUAUCAUUUGCAAAAGUCACUUUGUUCAGAUGUAAAGAUUAACCGCUGCCUUUGUAAGUAUUUGUUUGAUUAUCUCAAUCUACGUGGAAUGAAACCUUUUUUUUUUCUCACAGUUGCAUUUAAAUUGUAUUAUUAAAAACUACUUAUAAGAUAAACAAUACCAUCCAAAUUGUAUUGGCUCUAGGCUAAAAACAAAACACAUUUGCUCUUAAACUUGGUAACUGUUGGCAGUCAAUGGUCAUUCUUUAGACUUAAAUUUUCUCUGAAAUGUUUGACACCUUUUUUAAGCAGCCAAUACAAACAUCAUUUUAGAAACGUUAAUUUUAUUUAAUUUAAUAAAGAUUAAUUAAUUAUUGUUUUAAGCUUUAUUUAGAUUACUUUAAAACUCAAUUUAAUCAAUUCAUUAUUUUUAUCACAUAAUUCUGCUAUUCUCAUUGUGUGGAGUUAUGUAACCAAUAAACCAUUAGAAAACAAACACAUUUGAUCAAGCAAUCCUUUACUUAAUUUUCAGAUAGAAUAAAGAAUAACUGGACUAUGAGAAAGUAUUUUAUUUAGAAUUGUUAACAUACAUUUAACAACACAUCCUUGCUUAUUUUUACAAUUAAUACAGAAGUGAGCUGUUUUAAGAAACAACACACAAACAUACACAUAUAUCUAUAUAACUAUAUAUUUACAGAAAAUCAUCUGGAAGAUCUGAAUUCCCAUUUUUAUUGACCCGUGUGUGCACAUGCACUUAUGUAGUUUCUUAUUAUUUGUUUUCUUUAUGCCAGCAACAACAUAUUGUUUGUUUGUUUUUAAAGAAGACACUUUUGGACAUUCAGGGUUUGUUUUCCAAGAAACAUGUUUUUCAUAUUAAAAACUGUAACAAAGUU